GGAGGCUCGACACGUACUCUCGAGGUUGAUCGACGAGUCGCUGAACGAGUUCCAUGCGCUCCCUGAUCCGUCGUCUGUGACGCAGUCGUGCCCUAUAUGCUACGACGAUGUUUCGUCGCCAGUCCUACUAGGCUGUGGGCAUAUUUAUUGUACAGCAUGUAUGCGCCAUCUCUUGGCGAGCGUAGCGGAUUCUAAUCAGUUCCCUCUCACUUGCUUGGGCGACGAAUCUCAAUGCGGUGUCCCUAUUCCAAUACCCACGAUCCAAAGAUUCCUCCCUCCAGCAUCUUUCAGCCGCUUGCUCGAAGUGUCUUUUGAUUCACAUGUCGCCAGGCAUCCUCUAGAGUUUAAGUACUGUAGGACCCCAGACUGCACCCAGAUCUAUCGCUCUGCAUGCUCAGGCGAAGCAGCGGCCAUGCAGUGUCCAUCGUGCUUCUCAUCUGUCUGUGCAGCUUGCCACGAUGACGCUCAUGAGGGGAUGAGCUGUGAGGAGUUCAAAAUUCACAGGAAUCCAGCGGAACAAGAGCGUUUGAAUGACGAGUGGAUUUCACAGCAGAAUGGACGUGUCAAGAAAUGUCCGCAAUGUGACGUCCUUAUUGAAAAGUUGGAGGGGUGCAAUCACAUGGAAUGCCGUUGUGGAGCCCAUGUUUGCUGGCGGUGUCUGGGUGUCUUCGACCCUGACACCAUCUAUCAACACAUGCACAGUGCUCAUGGUGGUAUUCAUGGAGAAGACGUGGUCCCCGAGCCUGUUGAUUUCCAUAUACAGCAGCAGGUAUUGCUUCAGGCACAGUUGCGUCAAAUGGAGUUGCAUCGCGAGCAGGUGGAUGAGGCUCGUAUCCAACAACGACGGAGAGAAGCAGAACAACAAUUGCAGAGACAGAGACAGGAGGAGCGCGUUCGUGCCCAACGGCGGCAGGAGCAAGAAGAGCGCCUUCGAACAUUGGCGAGGGAGGAAUACUUACAGACGCAGAGGAGGCAAGAAAUGGAGAACCGGCUGCGGGCACGGGAGGGGGAGAUGCAAACAGCACGCUUUGCGCCGCUGCAUGCGAGUCUGAAUGAAUAG